UAGAGGGAACACCCGCUGGUGCCCGGAAGAGUUCUUGGGGGGCGAGGGGGACUGCUCUACAAGUAUACAAGCAGACAGCUUCUCCAACCCAUACGUCAUCGCGUCACGUCCCCCUGGUGCCUCCAGGCUGCAGCCUCCAAGACCGCGCACCUCACAGAUCGAGAGGGUGCGAGGGGAUCCAGUACGUGUGUAGCUGUUGUGGCUGUCUAAGUUGUUCCCUCUGCUCGACAUCAACGCGUCCAAAACAACAACUCCCGAGGCCAAAUCACAGCAACGAGAACAGCAUCGAUACCACACCCAAUCACAUCAUCCACCCCCAAAUUGGUGACCAUGGCCAGGCACUGAGACCGGAUUGGGAGCUGGUUGUUUACAUACUUGGGAGUAGCUUCACCCUCUCCCUCCCCAGCCACUUGGAUUUCUACCCGCUUUUGUGCUGGCUGCCCGUCCAACGUCCGCCAUCCCCCCAGCCUCCUCCAUCAUCGCACAUCCUCACACCAUCCACCAUCCAUCCAUCCCUCCACUGAUCUCGCCGUCGCAUUCCUUGCAUCUGCAAACAUCUCCCAUACACAGUCGCAUCGCGCACAUCAACACAAGACGAACGCGCACUCGUUCCACACUGCGCCCUGCCGGCCAUCAUGUCAGGUUUACCAUAUCUCCAGAAACUGCGCAAGAGCGAGCUUACCGAGUUCGCCGAGACCAGCAAAUUGCCCGACUAUGCGCAUUUGAAGAAGGCCGAGCUCGAGGUCGCCCUCGACGAACACUUGCGCUCCAAUUCGACAACAUACGGCAGAGAUCCCUCGCUGAGCGAAUAUUACAAGCGUCUGGCAAGCAGCUCGCGCUCGCCCACCAAGAGAACGGCAGCUGAAAAGGUCUCGGAGAAUGUCAAGACGGACGACGACGUCCCUGCUCCUGUGAAGAAGCCGAGACGGAAGACAACCUCGACCACUCAAGAAGCGGAGGAACCACAACCGACAGUCAACGCGCUUAUCAAGACUCCGGCCAAAGAGGUGGCGCGUCGGACUUCGAUUCUGGCGUCACAGAUUCCCAUUCCGCCCUCGCCGGCUGUUGUCACGGAUGCCAUCGACCAACAGACGCGUCGCAUUCGAACCUCCAUCUCCCAUGCUUAUGAGCAGACUCAGGUUCAUGAAUUUGCCGAUGCUACGCGCGAUAUUCUGUCGUCGCCUGUGACCGUCAUCGUGCUCGCCAUCCUGCUGGAAGCCUAUGGCCUUCGCGCGCAAAUCUUACCCAACAAGCUCUUAACCGAAGUUCCUGCCAUCCCGUACGUCAAGUCGACCAAGACGCCAAUCGUCGUGCCAGAUCUCUUUCUGUUGUUGGAUUCCAAGUUCUGGUCCCCCUUCUCUCUGUGGACGCUGACGUCGCUGAUCCUACCGGCCACCAUCUCGUACUUCAUCAACCUGCCGCUGAAGGCGCAUCCCAGCCACAGCUAUUCGACGCGUCAAGCAGCUCUCCAGGCGAAUGCGCAAAUGCAAUUUGAUCCCUUCGUUUUCAGUCUCGCCAAAGGCUUGAUUGUGUACCUGGUGUAUGCCUACCACUACACUCUGGGCGGACUCUUCAAUAACUACACCAUCGCCACGGUCAACGAGAGCAUACCAGGCGGUUACUUCGCAGUAUUGGUCAGUUCAGGACUUGGUGCCGCCGUGAGCUUGUAUGAAGCCGUAUUGAAGAAAUAGGGAGCCGUGGGAGCGAUGUGGUUGAACAGAAUCUCGGCACUGCUGGAGGAUAUGUUGUGCCGCGCGGUUUGGGUCUGCAUUAUGUACAGUGCUUGUGGCUUUGGGGGGGGGUCGAACUUGGGAACACAGGAUGAUACGAGUUUACGAUUAUUGUCGGUUGACCAUUGACGGCGCCAGGGAUCUCAGUUGGUUUAUACCUUCGAAUUUCCGUUCCCAUGAGUUCAGUCGACUCGGCUUCAUACCCAUGGCCAUGAUUUGGGCUGGUGCGUGUCUGGUGCAUGCACCGGGUCGGAAAGGUUGAUGUUCUUGUUCAGAUACAAAUACUAUCGCUUUGAUACCACCGUGCA